AUGUCCGACGUACGAUCUCUUUUGCGGCAACAGCGGGCUGCUCGCCGCAUAGAACACCCCUACGCCGCUUAUUCCGAAGUAGGCAAGCUUCUCUGCACACUAUGCCACGAGCAGAUCAAGACCGAGACGCUGUGGGACUCCCAUGUUCGAGGCGAGGCGCAUAAAACUCGCUUAAUACAAGCUCAAAAGACAGCAGCAGCAGCGGCCAAUGGUUCGAAUUCACAACAAACUGCGCAAAAGCGGAAACUUGACGAUACCGAAGAGGCUAUCGACGACGGGGAUGGAGAUAUUGAAAUGGACGACGGCAGGCGGAAACGAACCAGAACAGAUGGCGCCGACGGAGAAGGGGAUAAGGAUGCUAAGGACCCAAAUUUGACACCGCCGCGGUUGACCAGAAGGACGUCGACUACACCAUCACAAGGAAUAGAAAUCCAAAUUCCGUCGCGACCCGCAACACCAGCCCACCGGGAUGGCUCUUCUGUUUCGACUCCAGGAAGCCAGCCUAACACUCUGAUUCUACAAUCUGCCACUACCACUCUCCCCUCACGCCGACCUAGCAGCUUGGCCACGGAUGAGCGUCCCGCCUCAACAGCAGCGGCAGUGGACGAAGCAGAAUGGGCAGCCUUCGAGGCCGAUAUUGCUGCCACAACAGCCCCAUACGACGAAGACGCGGUCAUAUCAGCUCCAGCCAUGACAGCAGAAGAAACCGCAGCCAUUGAGGCGCAAAAGGAGGAAGAGGCCGAGAAGCGACGCGCUCAAGCCGACGUCGAUCUCGAGGAUGAAAAGGAAGAAGCGACCCGCGCGCUGGAGGAGGAAUUCGAGGAGAUGGAAGAACUAGAAGCCCGCGUGAGGCGCCUCAAAGAGAAGAGAGAAGCCCUGCGCAAGCGCGGCGAAAGCUUCGGCCAAGAAGCUGGUGCUGAAAAGCCCACGAGUCUGGGCAAGGAAAAUCUCGAAACACCUGCCAUUGAGGAAAAGGACGAAGAAGACGAGGAUGAGGACGAGGAUGAAGACGAAGACGAUGAUUGGGAUGGCUUCAGGUUUCGGACAGCCUGA